AGAGGCCGUGCCUGUGUGUUUUUUUUUCAGAUGUCCGCCCGGGCGCCAUGUCGGAGCAGGGCCCAGCCCCGCCCGCGGAGCCCGCGGCCGCCGCGCAGGAUGGACCUCCGACGGCGACCCUGAGCAUCGCGGGCGCGAGCAGAGUUGCGGUGAGCUCCAAGAAGUGGAAGCAGAGGGCGUUGCUCAACUCCCAGCCUCUGCUCAAGUUCGAGCACCACCAGGACGGGAGCGAGACCUCGUACCUGGAUGAGAAGGGCCUGAGCCUGAUCAGGGGCAUCAAGGGGCCCAUCUGCCCCGUCGUGUUCAUCGGGGACGGCCGCUGUGGCAAGUCCUACCUCGCGUCGCGGCUGGUGGGCACGCACGAGGCGUUCGUCUCCUCCGACUCCUGCGAGGCGGUCACCGAAGGCAUCGACAUUGCUGUGGCGGCGCAGACGGGCGACACGGCGGGCACGAUCCUCGUGAUGGACUGCGAGGGCGCCAACAACGCCAUGGCCGAGGUCCGCAUCCUGGUCAACGUGUUUGCGGUGCUCUGCUGCACGCAGGUCGUCUUCGUGGUGAACAGCAUGCUCUCCGAGUCGGCGCUCGACACCCUCGCCACCACCCUGGCCGCGAGGCAGAUGCUGAAGCUCGACAAGGACGAGGGCAUUUCGACCCCCACCAAGCUCACGGUCGUGGUCAACAUGACCACGCUCAAGUACGAGCAGGGCGCCCUCGAGAAGACGCUCAGCGCGCACCAGACGGGGCCCAGGGCUGAGGUCCGCGCGACCAUCAAAGAGAUGUUUCCGGAGAGGCAUUUCGCGGCAUGCACGCGGCAGGAGAUGCCGAACUUCGAGGAGCAGGUCCAGCGCUACCUUCAGGAAGUGCGAUCGACCGCGACGCCCCUCACCGUGAGCGGGAACCCCGUCACCCCUGAGCAGCUCUGCCUGAUGCUGGACGUCGUCCGCAACGAGGUCUGCAGGAAUCACAGCGUGAGCGGCCACUCCAUGCUGCGCGGGGUGAUCCUGGACGGCUGCUUGACGCCGCUGGCGAAGCGGCUGAUGGCGGAAGCUUCCCACCAAUUGCCAGAGACACUCAAGGAUUAUCAAGCCAAUCUGGAUCGGGUGGACCCGAGACCCGAGACCCUCAGGAAGUUCGACGCCCAGAGCGCCAGCGUGCUCCACAAGGACCUGGUGGCCGAGGCCAGGGCCGCCCUCGAGAAGGACCUAGGCCAGCGGUGGGACCUGCUCGUCCACCAGAACGACCUGCUCGGGGAGCAGGUGGCGUCCGUGGACGUGGAGCACCGGGAGGUGCUCCUCGAGACGGAGCGGGUUGUCCUCGGGGGGCACUCGCUCCUGAGGGGCCUCGUGACUUCGCAGGAGAAGGUGCGCUCUGAGGCCAGGUCCGUGACCCACAAGAAGAAGGGCGGCGGGGGCAUCUUCGGGGAGUGGAAGCAGUCUGGCGAGGUCACCACCCGACUUCGUGACGAGGGGCUGAAGGAAGGCCUCGAGAAGCUGCCGCGGGUGGCGGGGCACCUGAAGCUCAGGGCUCCUGGCAUCGGGUCGUCCAUCCUCGCCAGCGGGGUGAAGUCUUGCUAUAUGGUGCUCACGGACAUGCACGUGAUGUGGUGGGAGGGUCCGACAGACAAGGACGUAAAACCAGACGGCUGCUACUGCCUGCUGGAGUGGCCGGACAUGACACUAGUCCAGGAGGGCUCUCACGCCGCGAAGUUUGUGCUGAGGAGUGGCGCGGACGGGGGGGCCUUCCGCUUCGAGUCCGAGAGCCGGAACGCUGCCUGGUGGGCCGAAGCCUUCAGCAGGCACGCCGCGCUGGCCGCGCGGGCGCGGUCCAAAUUCCCCAACGUGAAGCUCCCAGCGCCGCCGUGCCUCAACGACCUGCGAGAGCGGAACAUGAACGACAUCUUCCGCCCUGUGGGAGCGGGCUCCUGCACGGAGCGGUGCUGCCGCCUGCUGGCGUCGCUGACCAGCUCGGGCUCGGCGGAUAUUCCCGAGCAGCCGCCGCAGGCGACGGAGCUGACUGGCAGGAUCAGCGGGGGCGCUCGCCACCCCUGCAGAGCGCCUGACGCGCGCGCGCGCGCGAGGGGGCGGCAGCUGCUCCGGGGCGCGCGCGCCGCCUCUCUCCUGUGCUCUCCUCGCCGCUCCUCUCCCUCCCGCAGGGCGAGGAGAAGGCGGAGCAGGAGAGGGCGGGCGCCGCCGCCUGCCCCGGACCGGUCGGGCCCUUUUUCCUGUGGGCCGCCCGCUCGUGUCUGGGCAGGGCCGGCGUGCGCCGCGGGGCCCCGCCACGGCCCCCGCGGCCCGCGGCGCCCCGCGCGGGGCUCCCGCGCGCGCGCGCGCCAGUUCCCGCGUUGGUUCUGUCCGCCCCGGGGCGCCCGGAGCGCCGGUUCAGCCAAGAGAGCGCUGGGCGCCAGAAGAGGCGCCGAGGACGGGGGGGCAGGUGGUAGGCAACUCCUGUAGGACAGGGCUUUUGCACUUCAAGCUGCACGAGGCCGCGCCCGCUGCCUGGCCUUUCGCCACGCUUGCGUGCACAACCUGCUGCGCUAAUGGGUGUGGUGCUCCUUCCCAGCCUUCUUCCCGCCCGCGGCUGCCGCCCACGCGUCUCUCUCUCUAUUGUGCUGUGGAGCAUUUGCCGC